AAUUCUGCCAUUUAGUCGUAAACGAGUGCUUGGAGACUUCACAUAUUGGAGGAUCAAAUCCACGUCAUAACUUGCAUUGGCAAAAUAUCUACUGCUCUACUGUGUGAGAAUACAGGAGAAGAAGAAAUAGAAAAAAAGUGAAAUACCAUACAAAAAAUUUGAUUUUUCCUCCAUGGGUGUUUUUUCAUGUGGAAUAUAGGAAACAAAGCAAAAUAAUACAAAAAUCAUAGUGUGUGAAAACAAGAAAUUGUAUAGAGAAGAAAUUUUUGGUGGAAUAGAAAAAAAUUACUGGAUUUAAUUAAAAUCCACACACACACGCACGCAAAAAAAGUGACCAUUUGUGUUUGGAGAAACCUUAAAAAAUUAAAACGUAAAAAAACCUGAAUUGUCAUUUGAAAAAAAAAAAUAAUAAAUUAUAAAGUGGCAAAAAUAUUUUUCCCUUCAAAAGUCUCGCUGAGAAGACAAAAAGCAAAGAAAACGCCAACUCUGUACUAAAAUGGUGGUGAUUCACUGACAAAAGAAAAACGGAGAAUUGUCAAAUAGAAAAAAAGUAUUUUUUUUUGUAUGUGAAAGUGCAAGCAAAAGGAUAACUGCAGCAGCACAUUGUUUUUUUACUUCCAAACAAAGGAUAACAACUUGAAAAUUAAUUGUGAUAUUUUUUGGUUUUACCCAGAACCAAUCAACAUUCUUAUACGAGUGCAAUUUUUAAUGCUUUAAAUUAAAAAGUAAAACAAGAAAAAAAAGGAUACAAACCAACCAAUCAUCUCCACACCAACGCUACUCCAUUAAAAUUAACAAAGUGUGUUUGGUUAACAAGGCAAACGAAGAAUUAAAAGGAUUAACUCUCUCUUUCCCACUUGCUGCAAUAACUGUGAUUUUUCUUGGAUUAUUUUUCCUGCUGCACACACCUAAAUUUUGAAAAAAAAAAAAGGAUUUAAUUCUUUACUGCAGUUUAACACAAAAAAUUACAAACAAUCUAUUUGGAUUUAACAAAGGCACAUUCUCCCGAUUUCUAUAUUGAUUUUACUGCAACUGCGUAUUUUGCUAGACAACUAACAAACAAAGUUUGAUUGAUUGAUCAUCAGCAACAAAAGCACCAACAAGUCAGCCAACCGACAAACAUCUGUCGCAUACGUCGCAGCAGCAACAGCAUUACCAUUUUUGUGUUUUUGUCCAACUUGAGGAGUGACAUUCAUUCCUUGGAGCAUCGAAGCGAGCAUUACUUUAUGGAAAUUAGCUGAUACAACAGUUAGGAGGAAAUUGAGAAAGGCAUAGAGAUUUUGAAAUUGAAAGCAACAACAAAAAGAACAGCAGCAGAAAACAAAGCAAAAGAACAGAACCCAGCGGUACUCAAGAAUAUAAAUUUGCAUUAUUAUUUGUUUUGGAUUGAUUAAACCAAAAAAGGGAACACAAAACAUAUACAAAACGACGUUUAGUUCAUACAUAUUUUUUAUAAAUUGAAUUGAGCUAGAAAAACGACAAAAUUCCUCAAAGUAAAUACAAUCCAAAAUUAAAUUAAAACAAAACAAAACACUGAAAAAGACAAACAGCUGGGACCCAUUCUUGCUCUUCUACACUUUUUUGCAAUAUCCAACAAUUGUAUCACGCCAAGUUUUUUGAUCUCUUACGCCAACCAAGCAACCACUACUACCCUCCUCACGUGAAGAAAAUAUAUAUAUAGAAUUUUUAUUAUAAAAGAAAAACAAGAAGAAGAAGAAGAAGCAAAAAGUUCACAUCACUAACUCAACAACAACAACAAAAUUAGAAACAACAAAUUACCUUUUUAACCGCAAUAAGAAUUUCGCUGGGCGAAGAAUUACUGCAAUUUAACUAAAUUAACAAAACAAAAAAAAAUAUAUCAGCAGCGUAAAUAACAACAGCAACUGCAACCACCACAACACACCAAAACCAAAACAAAGCAAUGGAACGUGAAUCAAAUCCGAUGCAACCUAUGUGCCGCUCCGGUUGCGGCUUCUAUGGCAAUCCAGCCACAGAUGGUUUGUGCUCAGUUUGUUACAAGGACUCCUUAAGAAAAAAGCAACAACCACCUGUUGGCAGCACUCCCGUAUCAGUUCCAAGCCCACAACCAAGUCCCACAUUUAGUCCAGCCAUUACAAUACCUUCAGCCGCACAGCCAACAGUACAGAGUUUACAACAGCAACACAAUGAAAUUAAAGAUAAAAUAAAUGAAGAAAAUUCAGCCAAAACUAGCAGCGAAACAGCCGCAUCCGCCGGUCCAUCAACUUCCACCGAACCAGCCGAAGAAGAUAAAGACAAGGAAGAUGACAAAGAUUCUAAAAAGAAAAAGAACCGUUGCUCCGAAUGUCGCAAGAAAGUGGGCUUGACAGGUUUCCUUUGCCGAUGCGGUGGUCUUUACUGUGCUGUCCAUCGAUACAGCGAUAAGCACAACUGCACAUUUGAUUAUCGGGAGCACGGAGCCCAAGAGAUCAGACGCAAUAAUCCGGUAGUCGUUGGCGAGAAAAUACAAAAAAUUUGAACUUUUGUGCCAUCAUCUUUAAACCACUUUAUAAUAAUAAUAUAAUUCUUAUACAUACAUCUAUAUAUAAAUAUAAAAAAGAAGGAAGGAAAAAAACAACAGAAAACACAAAAACUUAUAAAUAUUAAAUAUACAUAUAAUAAAAAUAUAUUAAAUAAUACUGAAAAAAAAAAACGGAGAAAAAUACAAAAACAACAACAAACACUAAAAGAAGAAACAGAAACAACUAAUUUAAAGAUAAAAAAAAGAAAAAAAUUAAAAAAAAAAACUGGAAAAUUAUACAUGAAAAAAUACCCCCUGCAAUAGCUCUCCUACUCCAUCACACAACAAGCCAGCAAACAACCAUAGCCACCACCACAACCAUUACUUCUCUAUACACACACAAGCAGACGACACACACACAUAUUUUUUUAUAUUUAAUAAUUAAAAUUGAUUGAAGUUUCUUAUUUUGUUUUAUUUAAAAGAAAAAAAAUCAAGAAGAAAAUAACCAAAAAGAAAAACAAUUAAGUUGUCUUCUCUAAAUAAAUUUUUUAAUGGAAUAAUGUUUAGUUUUCAUUUGCAAUCCAAACAAAAACACAUACAACACAAACGCCUAAAACCAUUAUUACACCUCCUACCAAUCUACCUACCUACCUACAUAUAUAAAUAUAUUUGCAAUUAGCGUUUUUUUCUGUAGUAGAAUUUUUUUGCUUUAGUUUUCAUUAUUACUAUUAUUAUUUUUUUGUUUUUAAUUAUAUAAAAAAAUAAAUAAUUUCAACAAAUAUCGAAAAGGGAAAACAACAUAUAUAUUUUUAUUUUUUAUUAUUAUAAUUAUUAUGAUUUUUUUCUUGUAUAGAACCAAGUUAGAGUAAUACAUUACAUAGAAACAAACAAACACACACACAUUUUAAGGGAUAAAAUUAAUAAUAAUAAUAAUAUAUGAGAAAAAUUUAAUAUAUAAGACGUUAAUAUUUUUUCUUUCUUUCUUAUAUAUACAUAUAAUUAGUAGGAUAUUCUAUAAACAAAAGCAAAUUCUCUAUACUUGUUCUCUACACCAUUUUCAGAUGUUAUACACUAAAACGAUAUUUCACAAAUAAAAUUUCGAAAAUUUUUCCCAAUAAACUGCUGCGGUUAUUUUUUUUUUAAUUGAAAUGUGAAGAUCUAUUUUUAUUUCAACAAAUUUCUUUGGUGAUUUUGUAAAGGAAAGUAAAAAAAUAACGUAAAUGAUAAAAAUUUCAUUUUUUUUUUUUUAGUUGUGAAAAUCUAUAAAUUUUAGGAAAUUUCCAUAAAAAAUUUAUAGAAUUUCAAUCUAAAUAAAUUGCUAUGGAAUUUUGGAAAUUACGGAUUGCCAGUAAAUAUUUGAAAUUGUGAAAUUAAACAAAAAAAAUGUUCUCCAAUUUUAAUAGAUUUGCUGCAGUGCUUCUACCCAAUAUCAAGUAAUUGUUGUUCAGUUGGCCAUCUAUUGAGAAUUGAAGUUUAAUUUAAAUGUUACACAACAAACUUUGCUGUAGAAGUUUCUUUGUCAGGGUUUCCAAGUCCUCUCAGAGUGAUGCCGAACUUUUGUCGGGAAAUAUGAUGGAAAUUAGAUUUCGAUACUCAAAUAUUUCAAAAUAAAUAUAUUCAAAACAAAAUAAAUCCUUUUUACUUCAUCUAUUUAAUAAAUCCCAUAUUGCUAUUUUGUUUAAUAUCGAAAUGGUUUCAAAUAUGGAUUCUGGCUACCUUGUUAUUUUGGAAAUUUGAACAAACUUCGAUUUUUGAGGUUUCAAGUGAAUUUGUAACGAAUUACUCAAAUUUAAGUUCAAAUUCAUUCUUCAAAUGAGAUAUCGUCCAAGCCAAGUAAUUUUAAUUUUUAACGAGAAACCCUGUUUGGAUUUCAAUUGGAUAACUGCAAAUAAAUCCUUUUUAACUUCAUCUACUUAAACAAACCCACAUUGCUAUUUUGUUUUAUAUCGAAAUGGUUUCAAAUUCUGGCUACCAUCUUUAUGGCCAAUUGUUAUUUUCGAAAUUUGAACAACCUUCGAUUUUUAAGAUUUGUAAUGAAUUACCAAGCCAAGUAAUAAUUUUUAUCGAGAAAACCCUAUUUGUAUUUCGAGUGGAUAACAAAUCCGAGUGUACCCAAACCGCUGCAUACUCAUUUUAAAACUCGAAUAGGAAUUGGAUUUACAAAGCUAUUUCAUUGAGAACAUGGACUUCCGUUACGAUCGAAAUAUUUUAUUUUGGUGAGAAUACAAAACUAUACGCCAAAAUCCAAUUUUUGAUUCAAACAAUUUUAAAAUCCCUUUGUAAAAAUUGUUUAAUUAAAAAAAAUAUUCUGGAAAUAUUCGUUUGAAUUAUUUAAAUUCAACUUCAAUAUCUAAAACUUUUAUAACUUUCAAUUCAAGUCUUUGUUUUUUAACACGAUAAUUUACAAGUUUGAAGUGAAAUAUAUAUUUUUUUGUAUAACAUUUGAAAAUGGUGUAGUAGUUUAAAAUUAUUUAAAAACAAAUCAAAACAUAUUGAAGAAGUAAAGUGCUGCUGCAGUUUUUUUUUUUAACAUAGAUUAUUUUUUUUUGUUCUUUUGAAAAUUACUUUUCUUAUUUAGAAAAUUUAGUAAAAAAAAAACAACGGUAAUUUUUGCUUUAAACAACAAAACUCGAUAUAAAAAGGAAUUAUUAUUAAAAAAUUAUAUAGGAUUUAAUUUUUAUUCUUUUCUUGAAAAAAUCAAAAAAAAAAAAAAAAAAAAAAAAACAACUCAAUACACACCGACACCUACACUUACACGCGAUUUCUUUUUAAUAUAGUUUUUAAAUGUUUAUAUAAUGAAAAGAAAAAGAAGGAAAAAAAAAACAAAAACAGAAAAUGGAAAUAAUGCAAACCAAGCUCUUUUUAAUGUAAUUAAUUAUCAUUAUUAUUAAUUAAUUAAUAUUAGUUUAUAAAAUAUAAAAGAUAAGAAAAAGGAGAAGAAAAACAAAAAAACCAAUAAACAAUUCUAAAAAUGAAACCAACAAAACACUUUUGAAAAAACACCCUACUAAAAAAAAAAAGAAAUUUUACACUAAGUUCAAAAAAACUUAUUUAAUACUACUACAACAACAACAAACAAGUGGGAAAAAGGAACAAACAAGUAAAACCUACUACUAUUUACUAGACAAAAACCAACAACAUAUAUAAAAUCCAAGCAAACUUUAUAUAAAUAUAAACAAAAGGCAAACUAAUGGACAAAAGUAUUUUGGGGUUUGUAAUGAAAACAAAAAAUGAAAAACACAACUGCUUAACAAAAAGAUACCCAAAAUGCUUUUAAUCUAAAUUAUAUUUGAAUAAAAUAUGGAAAAAUUAAGAACUCUUUCAAUGCUUAUAAAACAAACAAAAUGUUUUGAAAUCUAAUGAGUAGAUAAAUCCAGCGGGAAACAAAACAAUUAGCAAGGAUUUUGUAUCCAUCUACCAAUCAAACCAAGCCCCCAUCUAAAAACACAGUAGAAGUAGAGAUUAUUAUUGAUUUUAUUUUCGUUAUUUCUUUAUUAUUUUUCUUUUGAAAAUUUGUGUGAGUUUUGUUUAUUAUUAAUUUUUUUCUCUUUCUCUCUCUCCCACUAUCUCUCUGAGCAAGUCUAAAGUUAAUAUGGUUUUAAUUAUAUACAAAUAAACAAUAAAAUAAUAAUAAUUAAAAAAACACAACAAUAUUGAAAUUGAAACUUUAAAAAACAAAUAAAAUAAUAUAUAAAAACAAACAAA